AAAUGUUUACCAUUCAGGGAACAAGAUAGAGCAGAAGCUAUCUACAAUAAUGUAAUUAAACAAUGAUAUCUAUGUGUUGCAGGUACUAAACACAAUUAUUUUCUGGGAUCUAAUGGACACUUUGCCAGCACAACAUCCUCUGGCAGGAGGAUCACUCCUUCAUCUUUUGUUGAAACAGGUCUAAGUAUCAAUGAGUUUCCAGCCCUCCACAUACUGUCUGCCCACCUAGACACAGCCGCAGAUUUGGAGCUGAAAUCUUCCUCCUCCUCACAUUCUGAUCACUCCUCUGAAACCUCGUUGCCUGAAAUCCAAAUGAACAAAUAUCCUGAGCACUUCAGCCUGCUUAAGUUGCAGACAAAAGAUGGGCAGCGUCCUGAGUGGACAUUUUACCCGAGGUUUAGCAGUAAUAUCCACACCUACCAUGUUGGAAAAAAGUGCUUCUUUAACGGGGUCUUCCUUGGCAACAGGAGGUCUGUAUCAGAGAGGACGGUGGACAAGUGCCUGGGGAAGAAGAAAUAUGAUAUUGAUCCCAGGAAUGGAAUUCCAAAGUUAACUCCAGGGGAUAAUCCAUAUAUGUACCCAGAAGAGAGUAAAGAUUUCCACAAAGCAGGAUCAACUCUUCCAUCAGUGAAGUUUUCAGUAGUGCCUUAUGAAAAGAAAUUUGAUACAUUUAUUCCACUUGAGCCUCUUCCACCAAUUCCCAACUUGCCUUUCUGGGUGAAGGAGGAGGCCAACAAGCUGAAGAAUGAGAUAAGAGAAGUUGAGGAGCUUCACAACUGGCAACCAGCGGUGCCCUUCCUAUCAAGUUUACUCCCUCCUGGUGGGUUAAAGAGCAUUCAAAAAAUAGUAUAAAAACUAGAGGCAAGCCUAAAGAGCAGGCUUUGGAGAGGCUUCGUAAUGGAGAGAAGGCAAACGGCUCUCCUGGAGUGGGAGUGGAUGGUGUCCUUUGCCACAGGCGGUACUUUGGGCAGGUAUCAUGGCUCUGCAUCUCGGGUUGAGUGUGUUGGUUGAGAACUGUUAGUCUUGUAAUGGAACACAGCCUUAAUGCCAUUCCUCUCUUCACAGGUUCUU